AUGACAAACCCUAUAUUUUGCAAAGGGUUAACAUUUGCUACCAAAGAACAGUUUAAGCAAGCUAUAAAAAAUUAUGCUAUCAACAACGGAAAAGAUUUGAAAUUUUCAAAGAAUGACAAGCUUAGAGUUACAGUAAGUUGUAAAGGUUGUGGAUGGGAAUAUGAAAACAAGUUGAUCACUUCUUCUAAGGUUGCAAAGAGAUGGAAAAGAGAAAUAAAAAGUAAUAGCACUUGGACAAUUGAAGAGUUUCAAAAGAGAGUUAAAACUGAUGACAAAUACAUCCUAACAACUAGGCAAUGCUAUAAGGCCAUGUUACUUGCAAGGGGUGAUUUAAAAGAAGAACAAGAAGAUCAAAUUAAAAAAUUGUGGAGUUAUCGUCUAGAAAUUGAGAAAACAAAUCCUAAGUCUGCUUAUGACGUAAAACUUAGUGAUUUGAAAGAAAUUGCAAAAAUUGGAGGUCAAUUACUCACAGCGGUUGGGAUUGAUGCAAAUGAUGGAAUAUUUCCUUUGGCUUAUGCAAUUGUUGAAGGGGAAACAAAACAAUCCUGGAUUUGGUUUUUAAAACAUGUUAAAAAGGACUUGGAGAUUUCAUAUGAGCAUAAUGUGGCCUUUAUUUCUGACAAGCAGAAAGGAUUAAUACCUGCAUUUGAGACUAUGUUCCCUUUAGCAAAUCACAGAUUUUGUGUGCAACACUUGCACAGCAACAUGAAGGUUGCUGGGUUCCAAGGUAGAGCAAUAAAAGAUUGUUUAUGGGCAGCAGCUAGGGCAACAACUAUAAACAGUUUCACCCAAGCAAUGAGGAAUAUUAAAGAGUUGGAUGUAGAUGUUUUUGCCUGGUUAUCUGAUAAACAUCCUAGUGAAUGGUCGAAGUCUCAUUUUUCCACAACUCCACAGUGUGAUAUCUUGGUGAACAACAUUUCUGAAUGCUUUAAUUCUAUGAUAUUAGAGGCAAGGAAACAGCCACAAAUUGCAUGCCUUGAGGGUUUAAGGAAGCAAAUAAUGGUAAGACUAUUUGACUGUAGAAAAAAAGCUAGUGCUUGGAAGUCUAAAAUAUGUCCUAGAAUUGUUGCAAAGAUUGAAGCUAAUGAAAAGGCCGAUGCUGGUUAUUUGUGUGAUCAAUGUGAUUAUGAGUUAUUUGAAGUUAGAGGGAAGUGGGAGGAUCAACAAGAAGUUGAUUUGUGUAAAAAAUCAUGCAGUUAUGGGAAAUGGCAGCUGAAAGGAAUCCCUUGCAAGCAUGUUAUUCGUGCAAUUUGGAUGAAAAAUGGCAAGGAAACAGUAGUAGAUUAUGUUAGCUUAUUCUACUCCACAGAUAGCUAUUUGAAAACUUAUGCAGGAUCCAUUAAGCCCAUGUCUGGGCCUGAAGAAUGGCCAUUGACAAAUAACCACCACUUCCACCAUUGUAUAAGACAUCAAAGUGUGGCCAUAAUUCUAGAAGAUGUCCAGAAGAUCCUACUGGUAAGAACCAAAACGAUACCACAACCUCAUAAUCAUCAUGCAUCAACUACAGAAGUUAAUCAAGGACAUGAGAAUGAAGGAGCUGAUAAUGAACAACUUAUGGAUGGAGGAUUUGGUGCAGGAAUUGCUGAAGUUAUUGCAGUCCAUACUCAGCCUGAGAAUGAAGAUGAUGCCAAUGUUCAAACUCCUCUUGUGGUUGCUUGUGAAGAAGUCAAUGUUCCAAGGAAUAAAGAAAAGGUGUCCAAGCUACCUAUCAUCAAAAGGACAAAAUUAGACAAUAUUAAUUGA